AUGCAGACGGCGGGACUCCAUGAAAACGAGAAUAUGUUAAACACGAAGAGCAACCUAGAUCAACCGCUUGUUAGGCUCUCGGGAGUUUAUCGUAUGAGCAUAAUCUCUGUGCGUGGUACAGAAAAACUUUAUCAGUCAGAGCUUUCUAUGUUCAAGAUGCAUGCUUACAUCGUUGCUCUUGAUAAGAGUUAA